GUCUAUCUUGCAGUUCGAUGCUAGUCGCCCUAUUGGCCUUUCACCAUGCUAGGCACCUGAGCCGGGGAUGAGGGUGUACUUUGUACAAGUCCGGUGUGACGGCGCGUUGUUUCAAAUGCACGGUUGCACUCCACCUGCGGCGGCUGCGCUCCCGGCCAUCCUUGUUUUGAAACGCUGUAAUUGAUGCAAAUAAUUUCCGAGUGCCAAACAAGCACAACAAGCAACGCGUUCUUCGGGACGUGCAUGCGUAUCUUUCGGGAAAUGUAUAUGGAGAGAGAGAAGUCCAGACCGCUCAGAGGUCGUAUAAGAAGGAAGGCUGCACAUAAGAAAGUAGUCAACCUGCAUACUAAGCCCUCAAAGACACCAUUCACUCGUUAACCCAACAGUCUCUACCAAAUUUCAUGAUGUUCGCCAAAUCUAUCAUCACUGUCCUGACCCUCGCUGUCGCCGCAACCGCCACACUCGACCCAGCGACCUCGAACACAAAGGGCAAAUACCCCAGUAGCCCUAGCUGCUCAGUGAUCAAGAUCUCAAAGGCUAUCCAGGCGGCCGAGUGCAGUCACAAUACCCGUACCUCCAAACAGACCUUCGCUGUCUUCACCCAGGAUCAUCAGUACGAUAGCAUCCACGGCUUCCCAUACGGCACAUGCGAGGCAUACAACUGCGAGCCCGGCACAGCGAUGACGAGCAACAGCGACAAGUGGUCCUUCUUCUGGAGCGAUGCCGGUGAGGAGUCCGGUGAUGGCGCUGGCUGCAUCAAGAGCCCUAAAGAUGGAACAUGCGGCUGCGAGAACUCAGACGGCACCUUCGUGUACGGUGGCAGCAACUGCAAGUGAGCGAUAAGCUGGAAUGGACGAGGAUGAAA